AUGAAAGCCACAACCCCAUUCCCUAUCGAGAAUCUGCCAUAUGGAGUAAUCUCCACCCCAAGUGAACCAACCCCUCGGUGUGCAACUGCAUUCGAGGACUAUGCGAUCGAUCUCAAUGAACUCCAGAGGGAUGGAUUCUUUGACUCAAUUCCAGGCAUGAUUGAUGGUGCCUUCAGCAAGCCUGCUCUGAAUGUCUUCGCAUCAACCCCCCAAUCCACGCAAGUCGAAGUGAGGGCACGUCUAGUUCGGUUUCUUCCGAGCGCAAGUGAAGCCGAUAAGGAAAAAUACUUCAUUCGCUUGUCGCAAGUGACGAACCAUUUGCCCAUGGAGACGGCGAACUUCUCCGAUUUUUACUGUUCGCUCGAGCAUGCAAGAAACUGCUCAGAAAUCAUGGGCCUCGAAGUCAACCCGAACUGGUAUUACAUUCCCUCAGUCUACAACGGCCGCACAUCCAGUCUCAGAGUAUCGGGCCAGCCUAUCCGCCGACCCUGGGGUGUCAUAUCGGGUCCAGGUGCAUCCUCUCAGGCGACGUGGUCACGAAGCAAGAGGCUCGACUUCGAGCUCGAGAUGGGUGUAUUCUUGGCGAAGCCUCUGCCGGCUGGUCAGAUCCUCGACAUCCGGAACGCUAAGGAGCAUGUCUUUGGUUUUGUUAUUCUGAAUGACUGGUCAGCGAGAGAUAUCCAAGGAUUCGAAAUGGCUCCUCUUGGUCCAUUCCAUAGUAAAGGGUUUGGAACCACGAUCUCACCGUGGAUCGUCACGAUCGAGGCCCUGUCGCCCGUAGAAUGUCCCGUAUCUAUUCCGCAGAGCCCGCCACCCUUGCCCCAUUUGGCCUGGAAAGGAGAUAGCUCAAAUGCUACGUGGGAUAUUGAGUUGUCCGCGAGGAUACUGAGAAAAGGGAAGACGUAUCACAUAACCUCCACUAAUCUGAAAGACCUAUAUUGGACGCCGUAUCAGCAGCUCACCCAUCUCGCGAGCGCUGGAGAAGGUCUUUCCACAGGAGAUAUAUUUGGCACGGGUACUAUCUCAAACGAUAUCAACUACGUUAACUAA